GGAAGUACAACAUUUAGGUCGGUAGCGCGUGUCUUGCUAACACGUCAUAGUUGAUGCCAGGUCGGAUAAUUUGUAAAGCUUGCAAAUUUCAAUGUUGUUCCCCGUUGUUUUGGGUUGGGGUUGUUUUCAGAGAAGUCGUCGCUUGUUUCUCUCGCGAGACCUGGCUAGUGGCAACGCGACGCUGGGCGUUCCACACAUCCGGAAGUGGUGUAUUGAAUUUUAGUAUUGUUACGUUUUCUCAUUUAUUUUGUUCACAUCGGUUGAUAUUUAUGUGAUAUCCAGCAGCUGCUCGGCACACCGAUUCCACUUUCGGUGUAAACCCAAUCGCAAGUUAUUUUAUACCAGUUGAACGCCGCUCCACUGACUCGUUAGGCUUUUAGUCAUUUUACACGUCCAUCAGCCGGUUCCCGUUUGUUUGCUAUGGACGCGGUGGAAGCAGACGGUCCGGCGGCGAGCUCCGACGACCCCGGGAGGAGGCGCAGGGUGCACGGCAUGUUGAAGCUCUACUACGGGCUCAACGAAGAAGGAAAGCCCGGAGAGAAGCCGCAGUCACUGGAUCCCUGUGACAUCAACGGGCCCCAUUUUGACCCGGAGCACUACCUAAACAAGCUUCGAAGGGAAUGCUCUCUAGCGGAGCUGAUGGACCAGGAGACCUGCAUGGUCAAGCAGAUCCGUUCUUUGGAUAGUGACAUGCAGACGCUGGUGUAUGAAAACUACAACAAGUUCAUAUCUGCUACAGACACCAUAAGAAAGAUGAAGAACGAUUUCAAAAAGAUGGAAGACGAAAUGGACUGUCUCUCUGCUAACAUGGCGGCCAUCACUGAUUUUAGCGCUCGCAUCAGUGGUACCCUCGAAGACCAGCAUGCUCAGAUUACAAAACUCUCUGGGGUGCAUACUUUGUUAAGGAAGCUGCAGUUCCUGUUUGAACUACCUGCCAGACUAAACAAAUGCUUGGAGCUGCAGGCCUACGCUCAGGCAGUGAGCGCUCACCGACGUGCUCGCUGUGUGCUACAGCAGUACAGCCACCUGCCCUCCUUCAAGGGCAUCCAGGAUGACUGCCUGGGUAUCAUGGAGAAACUGGCGGAGGAGCUUCGGCAGAAGUUCAGGGAUGGUGGAUCAAGUGCUAAAGAUUUAUCCGAGUGCGUGGAGCUGCUGCUGCAGUUGGACGAGCCGGCGGAGGAGCUCUGCGAGAAGUUUCUGAGCCACGCUCGCUCUCGCCUGGUAGUGGACCUGCAGGGCCUGGAGGCCGAGAUUAGGUCGAGCCCGUCUGCUUCAGACGUGAAAGAUGCGCCGGUACGCAGGCCUUCCCCUGGCACCUUCAUCGCUGCUGGAUCGCCGCCUGACGGUGCCCCCAAAAUGAGAAGUCUCCCCUCUCCCGCCUCAAACACAGACAUCUUGGAGUUCAUCGACAGAGGCUGCAACGAAUUUGUCAGCAGCUUAUGUUUGGUCAUUACUUCUUAUCAAGAACUUUUCAUCAACCACGCUCAGACAGGCGAGCUCGCAUCCAAGAAUAUUCCUCAGAUGGCAAACAGCAAGCUGCACGCCUUCGUGGAUGACCUCGCCGUUCGAUAUUUCUCGCUCGUAGAGCGGAGGAUCCAAGAGGAAAAGAGCGUGGCGGAUAACUCCCUCUUGGUCCGCGCCCUGGAUCGCUUCCACCGCAGACUCCAGGCCGUGGCCAAGCUGCUGCCGGGCUCCUCGGUGCCGAACCAAGGCACCGAGAUCGUGAUCCGUGCCGCAAACGAACGACUCAAGCAGUACCUGACGGCUCUGCAGAGCUUCUACAUGGACAGUUUGACGGAUGUUAGGCAGGCCCUUGCAACGCCCCGCCUGUCCAUGGCUGGUGCAGGGGGCGGGGCUCAUUUGGGCGGUCCGGCCUCCAGCAGAGAUGCUCCGAGCAGCCUCCCCGAGCUGCUCUCCUCCCUGUCGGCGUCGAUCCUAAACCAGAUCAAGUCAGUAUUGGCAUCGGUGCACCUCUUCACAGCCAAGGACAUCACUUUCUCCAACAAGCCAUACUUCAAGGGCGAAUUCUGCUGCCGAGGUGUUCGCGAGAGCCUGGUGGUGAGCUUCAUAAAGUUUGUGUGUCAGUCCUCUCGCCAGUUUUGUGAGAGCGCCGGAGACAAGGGAGGGUCUACCCCUCCGGCCCUCCUGUUGCUGCUUUCUCGCCUCUGCUUGGACUAUGAAACCUCCGCCAUCUCGUACAUACUCACUCUUACGGAUGAACAGUUCCUGGCACAGCACCAUAGUCCGGUUACACCCGUGACCGCUCUUUGUGCAGAAGCCAGGGAGGCGGCACAGAAACUACUCAACCAUUAUGUCAAGGUUCAAGGCCUCAUUAUUUCCCAGAUGCUUCGAAAGAGCGUUGAAACACGAGACUGGGUCAACACCAUCGAGCCGCGAAAUGUCCGCGCGGUGAUGAAGAGGGUGGUGGAAGACACCACCUCCAUUGACGUACAGGUUGGCCUUCUGUACGAGGAAGGCGUGAGGAAAGCGCACAGCAGUGACUCCAGUAAAAGGACCUUCUCCGUCUACAGCAGCUCGAGGCAGCAAGCGCGCUACGCUGCAAGCUACACACCAAGCGCUCCCAUGGACACCAACCUACUAAGCAACAUUCACAAGCUGUUUUCCGAGCGGAUUGACAUCUUCAGCUCGGUGGAGUUCAACAAGGUCUCGGUGAUGACGGGAAUCAUCAAAAUCAGCUUGAAGACCUUCCUCGAGUGCGUCCGCCUGCGCACCUUUGGUCGCUACGGGCUGCAGCAAAUCCAAGUUGACUGUCACUACCUGCAGAUGUACCUGUGGCGCUUUGUGUCUGACGAGAACCUUGUGCAUUUCUUGCUGGAUGAGAUAGUGGGGAGCUCCGCCCACCGCUGCCUGGAUCCGGCCCCGAUGGAGCAGAGCGUCAUUGAAGUGAUCUGUGAACGGGGUUAAAGCUCAAAGUGCAACACUGACUGGUCACGCACAACGUAUCGCUGGAUAUUGUCAAAUACUGGACUUCUCUUGGGUAUUUAUUACUGAUAAAUGUCCACCACAACGCUCAAAUCAUUUAUUCAGGUGUCGAUACCACACAGGUGUUACGUCAUCAUUUAUAACGCUUCAGACACUAAAAAAGUAAGCCAGCACUAUAAGUCACCUGCUUUCAUAUCUUUUAGUGGCACUUGAAAUAUCCUCAGAAAUCAUAAUGGAUUUUUACAUCAACUUUAGAGAAAUGAGCGUGCGUGUGUUUAACAUAUUCGCAACACAUACUGUAAGCUUUCUCCCAGAAAUGUGACGUAUGAAUGAUAGAAUGAUAAAAAAGGUAACCUAUGGAUGUAUUGUGGAAUCAUUUAUCUAAAGGUAGUGUAUAAUAACAAAUCAUGCAUGGUGUUUAAUUAACAACAAAUUCCACCACGUAAUUUAUAUGAUUCAGCUGUAAAAUGAGUAUAACAUGUCUAAAUAAAUGUGCCUCUAAUCACAAUUGCACUUUUUAAACGUUAUUUCCUUGCCAUUAUUAUCACUCAGUUCAUACAGCUUAAGUCUUUCUCCUCCGACCCCUCCCCAGUCACCACAGGUGUGCCCCAGGGCUCUGUCCUGGGGCCCCUUCUCUUCAUAACCUACCUUCUCCCCCUCGGCCAUAUCUUCCGCAAAUUUAACAUUCAUUGCCACUGCUUCGCGGAUGACACGCAGCUCUACCUUUCCUCCAAACCUAACUCCACACUCCCACCCCCCUCCCUCACCUCCUGUCUCUCUGAAA